AUCCUCGGAAAACAGCCAUGUUCUAGUCUACAAGCUACAAACAAACAAGAACCCAGCCAUUUAUUCCCCACAAAAGCUACCUUCAUCAAUUUUCAUUUUUCAUUUUUUUUUUUUAAAUACAUUGACAAGUUGACAAACUUCACCAAUCACCACACAAGAAAAGCAAAUAAUGAUCUAAAUAAAACCAAAAAAGAAUUUAAUUUCGUGUUUUUUUUCUAUUUAUCACAAAACAAAAUUAAUAAUUAUAAUUAAAAAUGGAAACCCCAACAAAAACUACUACUGCAGCUGCUGUUGGUCUUUUGUUGUUCUUGAUUUCUUCUUCUUUUUUUUUUUAUUAUUAAUAACGAGAAAAAGAAAAUAAAUAAAGUGUUAAUUCAAUCGAUCUUUCUCUUCCUUGAUUAUCACGAUAUUUAGUUCUUAAUAGAAAGUGGAAAGCCAAACAAAUUGCAAUUUCACCGUUUAUUUUAUUUUUACCCGUCUUUCUCUCUCUCUCUCUAGUGUCUUUCUCUUUUUGGUUGUGUUUUGGUAACCCUAAUUCUUUCGAUUUUUGGAUUCUGAGAUCGAGAUCGCUUCAAUGGAGGCGAAUUCUGAAGGGGACUAUCAGAAUACAGACGGCAACGACAAUAGCAACAACAACGUUGGUAAUUCUAAUGAAGGCCAGAGCAGGCCUAAACGCCAGAUGAAGACUCCCUUCCAACUUGAAGUUCUCGAAAAGGCUUAUACUUUGGAGACAUACCCAUCAGAGGCUAUGCGGGCAGAAUUAUCACAGAAGUUAGGUCUUUCUGAUAGGCAAUUGCAGAUGUGGUUUUGUCACAGGAGAUUAAAGGACAAAAAGGAGACUCCUGCUAAGAAACCCCGUAAGGCAGUGCCUUUGAUGGAGUCUCCUGUGGAGGAGAUGAGGGCAGUGGGGACUGAGCCUGGAAGUGAUUAUGGGUCUGGGUCAGGUUCAGGCUCUAGCCCAUUUAUGGAGCCAAGGAAGGCGUCUUUGGAUGAUGUGUCAAUGAUGAGGAGGUUCUAUGAGUCAUCACCACAGUCAGUUAUGGAGCUUAGAGCUAUUGCGUGCGUGGAAGCACAGCUGGGGGAGCCAUUGAGGGAGGACGGGCCAAUUCUUGGGAUGGAGUUUGAUCCAUUGCCGCCUGAUGCGUUUGGGGCACCUAUAGUAGCAAUGGUGGAGCACCAGAAGCGGUCAAUGCAUUCUUAUGAUGGAAAAGUAUAUGAGCGACAUGAUGCAAAAUCCAGCAAAGCCUCUGCAAGGGCUUUUCAUGACUUUCUCCAGGACUCCAGUAUUAGAUCUGAUGCAUAUGGGCAAGUAGCUCAAUCUCCUUAUCGUGAUCCUCCAGUUGAUAUUUCGAGGGGAAAAACAUCAUUUGUGCAUGAAGAUGAACCAUUGGCCAAGGUUCAAGGUGCUCGCCAUUUGUCUCAACAAGACAAGAGGGGACAAAUCUUUACAUCACUUCACAGGGAUGAUGACUAUCCUGUGCAUCAUGACUUCUUUACAAACAAUAGAAUAAGUGCUCAGUCUAUUGCUCACCCAAUUGCGGGAUCAGAAAAUGCAGAUAUUUUUCCUAAUGCUCAAGUCUUCCAUACUGAUACAGAUUUGCGGAUUGGAAAGAAACGCAAGAAUGAUGAAGCUAGAAUUGCGAGGGAAGUUGAAGCUCAUGAAAAUCAGAUCCGCAAAGAGCUUGAGAAACAGGAUCAACUGAGGCGGAAGAGUGAAGAGCGAAUGAGGAAAGAAAUGGAAAGGCAUGAGCGUGAAAGACGGAAGGAAGAAGAAAGGUUGAUGCGUGAAAGGCAGCGGGAGGAGGAGAGAUCGCUGCGUGAGCAAAAACGUGAACUGGAGCGAAGGGAAAAGUUUUUACAGAAAGAGUACUUAAGAGCUGAAAAAAGGAGACAAAAGGAGGAACUUCAGAGAGAGAGAGAGGCAGUGAAGCGACAAGCUGCAAUUGAGAAGGCAACUGCUCGCAGAAUUGCAAAGGAAUCUAUGGAUCUUAUAGAGGAUGUACAGCUGGAACUCAUGGAAUUAGCUGCUGCAAGCAAGGGGCAAACCUCAAUAGUUCACCUCAACUAUGAAACUUUGCAAAACCUCGAUUCAUUUAGAGACUCUUUGAGAAUGUUCCCACCAGAGUCUGUACAAUUGAAAAAACCAUUUGCUAUUCAACCUUGGAUUGAUUCAGAGGAAAAUAUUGGGAAUCUUCUGAUGGUUUGGAGAUUUGUUAUUACUUUUGCUGAUGUUCUUGGGUUAUGGCCUUUUACCCUUGAUGAGUUUGUUCAAGCUUUUCACGACUAUGAUUCAAGGUUGCUGGGUGAGGUGCAUGUUGCUCUUCUGAAAUUGAUAAUCAAAGAUAUUGAAGAUGUUGCUAGGACACCUUCUACUGGAUUGGGCUCAAAUCAAUAUUGUUCUGCUAAUCCUGAAGGUGGACAUCUGCUGAUUGUUGAAGGGGCAUAUAUGUGGGGCUUUGACAUUCGCAACUGGCAGCGACACUUAAAUCCAUUAACAUGGCCUGAAAUAUUCCGGCAAUUGGCAUUGUCUGCAGGAUUUGGGCCACGGCUGAAGAAAAGGAAUUCAACACGGACAUACUUUGGUGAUAAUGAUGAGGUUAAAGGUUGUGAAAAUACAAUUUCUACUCUGCGCAAUGGAUCAGCAGCUGAAAAUGCAUUUGCACUAAUGCGAGAGAGGGGCUUAUUACUUCCUCGAAGAUCUAGGCACCGGUUGACACCUGGAACGGUUAAGUUUGCAGCUUUCCAUGUUCUUUCACUCGAGGGAAGCAAGGGGUUAACUGUGCUAGAACUUGCAGACAAGAUUCAAAAGUCUGGGCUUCGUGACCUGACAACAAGCAAGACACCAGAGGCAUCUAUAUCUGUUGCCUUGACUAGGGAUCAAAAGCUUUUUGAAAGAAUUGCCCCUUCAACAUAUUGCGUACGGGCUGCUUACAGAAAAGAUCCAGCUGAUGGUGAGGCAAUACUUUCAGCUGCCAGAAAGAAAAUUCAGGUAUUUGAAAAUGGGUUUUUAGGUGGAGAAGAUGCUGAUGAUGCUGAAAGAGAUGAAGAUUCUGAAGGUGAUGUUGAUGAGGACCCUGAAGUUGAUGAUUUAGCUAUUCCAUUGAGUGCUACCAGAAGUGCAGACAAGUCUAGUGAAGCAAAUACUUGCUCAGGAAGUGGAAAAAAUAGUAUCUGCAAUGGUAUUCCAUUAAUUGAACAAAAUGAGCCUGUCAAAGAAUCUUCAUCUGUCCAUCUGAAUGGUCCAAAGGAUGCAAAGACUCUAAGUAGCGUUGAGCAACGUGUUCCUCAUGGAGAUGUUGGGGUAAGAAAUAUAGAUCAGGAAAAUAUUGAGAUUGAUGAAAGCAAGUCAGGUGAAUCAUGGAUUCAAGGACUUGCAGAAGGGGAAUAUGCUCAUUUAAGUGUUGAGGAGCGUCUUAAUGCUCUUGUUGCACUGGUUGGCCUUGCAAAUGAAGGAAAUGCCAUUCGUUCUGUACUUGAGGAUCGUUUGGAAGCUGCAAAUGCUCUUAAAAAGCAAAUGUGGGCUGAGGCACAAUCAGAUAGAAGUCGCUUGAAAGAAGAUAUUGUGAGUGCAUUAGAUUUUCCAUCUUCCAUCGGGGGCAAAGCUGAAAUGCAAGUUACUAUUUCUGCAGUGGAGGGCAGCCAAAGCCCAUUGCCUUUUGUUGAUAGUAAAAAUAAGGAGGCAUCUCCAAGCACUACUGGAGACCAAAAACCAUUGCUUGCUUCAGGAAAUGUACAGAAUCACCUGAACAGUGUACCUACUGAAAAAACCUUGAUGGUUCAAGAUCUCUCCAUGAAUCCGGAUAACUUCGCAAGUCAGCAGCAUGGGUAUGCUUCAAAAAGGUCACGCUCACAACUGAAAGCUUAUAUUGGCCACAUAGCAGAAGAGACAUAUGUUUACAGGUCCUUGCCUCUUGGACAAGAUCGCAGACGGAAUAGAUACUGGCAGUUUGUAGCAUCUGCUUCUAAAAAUGAUCCUUGUUCUGGUAGAAUCUUUGUUGAAUUAAAUGAUGGCAAUUGGAGGCUUAUUGAUUGUGAACGGGCCUUUGAUGCCCUUUUGUCAUCUUUGGAUACUCGUGGAAUUAGGGAAUCCCAUUUGCGUAUAAUGUUCCAGAAGAUUGAGAAAUCUUUUAAAGAGAAUGUUCGAAGAAAUUUGCAAUCUGAAGACAUUAUAUGCCAAAAUGGAACCACUGCUGAAAAUGAAGCUGGUGAAGCAGAUUCUAGCCCUAAUUGCUCUGCUGGCAUCAGCAGUCCUAGCAGUAUGGUUUGUGGUUCAAACUUAGAUACCUUGGAUACAUUUUCUUUUUUCAGAAUUGAGCUUGGAAGAAAUGAAAUAGAAAAGAAAGGUGCCAUGAAAAGGUACCAAGAUUUUCAGAAGUGGAUGUGGAAGGAAUGCUUCAAUUCCUUGACUUUAUGUUCCAUGAAAUAUGGGAAGAAAAGGUGUUCACAGAUAUUGACAACUUGUGACUGGUGUUUUGAUUCUUUUCUCACUGAAGACACUCACUGUGAUUCUUGCCACCAGACAUUCAAUGCUGUUAAUAAGAGUUAUAAUUUUUCAGAACAUGGGGUUCAGUGUAAAGUUAAAAGGAAACUAAACCACAGGAUUUGUGAUGCUUCUCUACCUCUGGGCAUCAGAUUACUUAAAGCUUUGUUAGCUUUCAUUGAGGUAUCUGUUCCCCCAGAAGGUCUCGAGUCAUUUUGGAUGGAAAACCACAGAAAGACCUGGGCUACAAAGUUGAACGUGUCAUUGUCAACUGAAGAACUCUUGCAGAUAUUGACGGUGCUUGAGAGUGCCAUAAAACGAGACUGUUUAUCUGCUGAUUUUGAGACGACAAAAGAUUUAUUGAGUUCUUCCACUUCGGCACAGAGUGCAUUAUAUGGUUCUACUGAUCUGAGAUCAGUUCCUGUGCUUCCAUGGAUACCAAAAACCACUGCUGCUGUGGCUCUUAGGCUUUUUGAGCUGGAUGGUUCAAUUACGUACAUUCAGCAUGAAAAGGUUGAGCCUAGUGAAGACAAGCCAGUUAAAGUAUAUAUGAAGCUUCCUUCAAGAUACUCUCUUCUCAAGAGCAAAGAGGUUGAACGGAAACGACUAAAGCAAAGUGAACAUGUCAAAGGAGAUAACGUAACGGACUUGCGUAGCAAACGUAACAGCAAGAAAUGCCGGCGGGGAGGCCGUGAUCAAGGAUAUGGUACAAAGUGGCAAAGAAGAGCACCUGGUCUUAAGUCUGAUGCAAAUAGGCGUAAUGCUAGGGAAACUGAGAAAUUCAAUUUAGGAUCAAAACAAGGACGAAAGACAAAUACUCAAGGUUCCAGUCGGGGUCGUCGAACAGUUAGGAAGAGGAGAGCAGAAAUGAUGGUAGCUGAGGAGGCAUUGAUUGGUCGUAUGACCAACACUGUUGGCCCGAAGAAUUAUGGUGGAUCAUUGAGAAACUUGGGCAAGGAAGAUUGGGGCAUUGAAAAAGUGAGGAUGGAUGUGGAUGAUGCUGAUAAUAGUAACAGUAUGGAAGCAGCAGAAUCUGAUGAUAAUGUUGAAGCAGAUGAAUAUGAACAAGUAAACUGGGAUCAAAGUGUUAAUGGAGCUUCCAGUAGAUGGAAUAGAAAUGUAUUGGAAGUGAGUGAUGAUGAUGGAGAUGCUUCUGGAGACGAUAAUGGCAUUGAAGAAAUGGGAGCUGAAGAGUCCGAGGGAGAUGUAGAAAUAAGUGAGGGUUCAGAGGGAGUAGGAAAUAAGAUAGAGAAUGAUGAAGGCACAGACACUGCAGAUUCAGAUGACUAUAUUAGUGACUGAAAAGAGUAUGCUAUUGAUGAAAGUCCCAGCAGCCAUUUGCUCGUGAGCUGCAUUAUUUUUGGCCUUUGCAGCUUAGCCAGCGACUGAAUUUAAGCCUAAGAGAACAAAGAAACAAGGUUGCCCUUUCCAAUUUAUGGUGCAAUAUCAGGUAGAAUUUACAACUAAUACAAUAGAUUCUCGUUUUAAUCCAUUAUUGUUAACGAGCAUUGGAUUUGAUUAUAAGCGAUGCGCCAUGAAAAAUGAGUUUUUCUUC